AUGUUCUCACGAGCCGCCAGAAACGCAUCUCUGCUCAGCGCACGCGUCGCGGGCACCGCGCGCCUAGCGCCAACGGAAACAUUGCCUCCCCAACUCGGCUUCGCUCCAAGGCGUCUGAACGCCACCAGAUUGUCUCCAUACCAUACGCUCUCCGGUACCAAAGUCGCCAAAGCGCUUCGGGACGAGGCCUUCAAGGAGAUCGAGACCAUCAAGUCCGAACACCCAGAUUUCGAGCCCACGCUCAAGAUUUUUCAGGUGGGUUCCAGACCCGACUCCUCCGCGUACGUGCGCAUGAAGCUCAAGACUUCCAAAGAGAGCGGGGUUCGCUGUCUGGUCGAGAAAUUGCCGCAGGACAUCUCCGAAGCCGAGCUUCUCAACAAGAUCGAAGCUGUCAAUGGUGACGACUCCAUUCACGGUCUGCUCAUUCAAUUGCCUCUCCCUAAGCAUUUGAACGAGACCAAAGUCACCAACGCGGUAUUGCACACCAAAGACGUGGACGGAUUCCACCGCUACAACGCCGGCGAGCUCUCCAAAAAGGGCGGCAGCCCCUUUUUCCUGCCUUGCACCCCAAACGGCUGUAUCAGACUCUUGGAAGAGGCGAAAGUUGACUUGAGGGGCAAGAACGCGGUCGUUUUGGGUCGUUCUGACAUUGUCGGCACUCCGGUCUCCUCCCUUUUGAAGAACUUGGACGCUACCGUCACCGUUUGCCACAGUCAUACCAAGGACCUGCAACGCAUUCUGGCCGAAGCCGAUGUGGUAAUUGCGGCGUGCGGUAGGCCCAAUUACGUUAAGGGAGAAUGGUUAAAAGACGGCGCUGUGGUCAUCGAUGUGGGCAUCAACUACAUCCCAGAUUCCACCAAGAAAAGCGGCCAGAGACUCGUCGGCGACGUUGAUUUUGAAUCUGCCAAGCACAAAGCCUCUUUCAUCACCCCGGUGCCUGGCGGAGUUGGCCCAAUGACCGUUGCCAUGCUUGUUCAAAACGUUCUGCUUGCCGCCAAGAGACAACUCACCGACUCUUACAAGCCUGCCAAGAUUUCUCCCCUCCCACUCAAGCUUCAAUCUCCCGUGCCGUCAGACAUUGACAUAUCCAGAGCCCAAACCCCAAAGAACAUUGGUGUGGUUGCAGAGGAGCUAGGGAUUCAUGCUAAUGAGGUCGAAUUAUACGGUCAUUACAAGGCCAAGCUUUCCUUGGACAUUCUUAACAGAUUGAAAGCCAAUGAAAACGGUAAGUACGUGCUAGUAGCCGGUAUUACUCCUACGCCACUAGGAGAGGGUAAAUCUACCACCACGAUGGGUCUAGUACAGGCUCUAACCGCCCAUUUGAACAAACCAUCGAUUGCGAACGUUAGGCAACCAUCCAUGGGCCCCACUUUUGGUGUCAAGGGUGGUGCUGCCGGUGGUGGGUAUGCCCAGGUCAUACCGAUGGAUGAAUUUAACAUGCACUUGACUGGUGAUAUUCAUGCAAUUUCUGCCGCCAACAACUUGCUUGCCGCUGCAAUUGACACCAGAAUGUUCCACGAAUCCACGCAAAAGAAGGACUCCACAUUUUUCAAUAGAUUGGUCCCGAAGAAGAAGGGCGGUCGUCAAUUUACCAAGUCCAUGUUGAAGCGCCUCGAAAAGCUGGACAUUAGCAAAACAAACCCCGACGACCUAACUCCAGAAGAGAUCACCAAAUUUGCACGUCUAAAUUUGGAUCCUACGACGAUUACUAUCAAGAGAGUCGUGGAUGUCAAUGAUAGAAUGCUACGUCAAAUUACCAUCGGACAGGCUCCAACCGAAAAGGGCUUCACUAGAUCAACUGGCUUUGAUAUCACUGUUGCAUCUGAAUUGAUGGCUAUCUUGGCUCUGUCAAGAGAUUUGAAGGACAUGCGCGCCCGCGUUGGUCGCAUUGUCGUCGGUGCAAACCAGGACGGCGAGCCCAUCACCGUUGAGGAUGUUGGAUGUGCAGGCGCAAUUACGGCGUUAUUGAAGGAUGCCAUUAAGCCCAACUUAAUGCAGUCAUUAGAAGGUACCCCUGUAAUGGUCCACGCUGGCCCAUUUGCAAAUAUUUCCAUCGGCGCGUCCUCCGUCAUUGCUGACAGAAUCGCUUUGAAGUUGGUAGGUAAGACAAAGGACUCCAAUGCUGAAGCAGGUUAUGUCGUUACAGAAGCUGGAUUUGACUUCACUAUGGGUGGUGAAAGAUUCUUCAACAUCAAAUGUCGUUCCUCGGGACUACAGCCGGAUGCUGUAGUAUUGGUGGCUACAGUUAGGGCUCUGAAACUUCACGGGGGUGCUCCGGAUGUUAAACCCGGCCAAUCUUUACCCUCUGAAUACACGGAAGAGAACGUUGAUCUCGUCGCCAAAGGUGUUGCCAAUUUGUGCAAGCAAAUUUCUAACGCCAAACAGUUUGGUAUUCCUGUCGUGGUCGGAAUCAAUAGAUUUGAAUCGGACACCGACGCCGAAAUCGAAGUCAUCAGAAAAGCCGCCAAAGAAGCCGGUGCCUUUGAUGCAGUAUCUACGAACCACUGGGCUGAAGGUGGUAAAGGCGCUAUUGGACUGGCUCACGCGGUUGUCGACGCUACCAAGCAGGCCAAAGACUUCAAGUUUCUCUACGAAGUUGACCAAUCUGUUGAGGCCAAACUCGAAACGAUUGUUCAAAAAAUGUACGGUGGUGCCAAGAUCGAGAUUUCGCCUGAAGCUCAACAGAAAAUUGACUUGUAUAAAAAGCAAGGGUUCGGUAAUUUGCCGAUUUGCAUUGCAAAGACCCAAUAUUCUCUGUCUCAUGAUGCUUCGCUCAAGAAUGUUCCAACCGGUUUUACUUUCCCUGUUAGAGACGUAAGAGCUUCUAUUGGGGCCGGUUAUCUAUACGCUCUCGCCGCCGAAAUUCAAACUAUUCCUGGACUUUCGACCUACGCUGGCUACAUGAAUGUGGAAGUCAAUGAUGAAGGUGAGAUUGAAGGACUUUUUUAA